GGUUUACUUGGAGUUGAAGCGGUAGGACAUACUGAGGUCCUGCUUUUAGUAUCAUCGGUCCACAGCACACAGAAAGCUUCUCAAACUCUGCAGCUGAAGCUCUUUAUGUGAAUAUAUGGACAUGGCACAGCUGCAUGUGGAAACCGAUGGAAUCUUAAAGGAGUUGGAUGAUUAUUUGGAAUAUGGCCAGAACAUCACCUAUGACUAUCCAGUGGAUGAGUCUUUUGUGAAAAGAGACAGUGAGGCAGUGUGGGUCCCUGCUCUGUACUCCAUAGUGUUUUUUGUUGGAAUCCUGGGAAAUAUUAUUCUCCUGACAGUUCUGGUUCAAAAGAGGAGACUGUGGAGCCUAUCGGACACCUUUAUUCUCCACCUGAGUAUCGUGGACAUCCUCCUCCUGUUAAUGCUGCCCUUUUGGGCUGCACAGACAAAUCAGCUUUGUUACUGGUUUUGGGGGAUUUUCAGCCGGGUCUUUGGGGUCGUUUUCAAGCUCAACUACUACUGUGGGAUCUUUCUGCUGUUUUGCAUCAGUCUUCAAAACUACCUCUCUCUCAUCCAUGACAUCCAGUUGUAUUCCCACGAGAAGCCCUUCUUUGUUCAUAUCAGCUGCCUGUCAGUCUGGCUUAUCUCUGUCCUCCUCACUGCACCUGACUGGAUUUUCCUGGUGGGUAAAAAUAAUUACACAGAAGAUAAUACUUGUGUUAAUAUCUACCCUCAAUCUGGAACUGACUGGCAGUUGUGGUCUCGCCUGCUACACCACAUAUUUGGCUUGGUGCUACCUGCGUUCAUGCUGAUGAUCUUCUUACAUAUCCUAUGGCGGCAGUGCAGCUCUAAUGGGGCUCGAAUGCAGAGAAAUGUCAUCGUCAUCCUGUCUCUGGUGGGCGUAUUCUGUCUGUGUUGGAUGCCGUACAACUUCAUACUUGUUUUGGACACUCUCCAGAACAGACUUCAGAAACAUCCAAAUGAUUUACAUGAAAGUUCUGAAGGUUCACUAAAAACACUUCUUAUGGUCACCGCUGCUAUAGGCUGCCUUCACGCCAGCCUGAGGCCUCUGCUGUAUCUCGGCCUGUGUGGAAACUUCAGGCAACACUUACUGGCCAUGCUGAGAUGUAAUAAAACUGAACCAAAAGGCUCACUCUGGGAUCUUGGUGUAGGCCAGAGACAGCAGCCUGAUCACAGCCAGGUUCAACAGGAAGAGCUGAAACAGAUGACGGUUGUAGAGAAUCCAUUAGCUUAUUGAAGAUGAACACAGAAACAUUCUCUCUUCUGACUCAGAUGUGAGCAGCAUGUUGUUUCACUCCUGAGAGGAUGUGAAUUCAAUCUCAUGUCAAGGCAUGGAGGACUUUAUUCUGUGUAACUGACAAGUAGAUAUUUAUGUACAAAAACUACUUUCAUAUUUCACUAUAAUGCUAAGGUUUUGGAGAUCCAUCAUGGUGACACAUACUCAUCCACAAGCACAAAAUGUAGAUCUUUCUUAUUAUUUUAAAUAAAAGUAUUUCAUUUUUUUUUUAUCAAUAGUGAAAUAUCUGUGUUGUUAGUGAACUGAUUUCAACACAUUUAUCAUUAAGCUAAUACUGUAAUCAAGUCGAUAUAAUGCAAACUGUUAUCUGUGAUAGUAUUAUUGACUUCUUACAUUAAACAACACAUAAACACAUUUUGUAACUUUAUUGCCAUAAACAGUUUCGUGUUUCUUUUUAUGUCAUUGGUGGGCAACUCCAGGCAUCGAGGGCCGGUGUCCUGCAGGUUUUAGAUAGCACCCUGGGUCAACACACCUGAAUCAAAUAAUUAGUUCAUUACCAGGCCUGUAGACAACUUCAAGACAUGUUGUGGAGGUAAUUUAGCCAUUUGAAUCAGCUGUGUUGGAUCAAGGACACGGUGGGCGUUUCUCAAUAUGCGUACUUGUGCGUACUUGCGUUCUCGUGUACUCGUGAUACGUCAUCAGUCGGAGACCAAGUACUGUUCCAAUUCGAAGUACGCGUCAAGCCGAGAACGCGAAAAAGUCCCGGAUGUGUUCUCGCUCCGCCCGUUUUAUCGAGCAUGCAUCGGUGUGGACUUGGUACAGCUAAAUAUCCCAGAAUGCAUUUCGUCCAGAACAGCGGACUCCCGGCACAUCGUUUUCAACCCCCCCCCCGCCCGCGGUCUUUUCGCUACUCAGGUUAAACAAACCCCAGCAGCUGUCUAUUGUAUUAAAUGUCCACUAAAAUAAAAAUAAAAGGGUUC